CCUGUGUAAAAGAUACAAAGACUUCACUAUGUCUAAGAAGAAAAAGCCCGAAGUAGCAGCUGUAAGCACAUCUUAUUUUUCAGCAGGACUAAAUGUUCUGAGCAUGAUGUGAAGAAUUAAAUAAUAUUUGUCAUCUGAUUAAAGUUGAUUCCCCAGUUUGAACAGUGUAUAUUUUAGUGUAUAUUUAGUGAAAUAUACAAGAAGUAACCCUAAAGCUGGAGAAAACUGAAUGAUUCCCUGCAAAACCUCAAGAGUCCAGCCAGAUCAGUGUGUGCAUUUCUAUAAAAAAAUGUGAACAGCAGGAUAGAACUUUCCUUGUUCAGGAAAAAGUUUGACGAAUGUAGGAUUUAGGGCCACAAAGGUGCAUUUUAUGUGUGUGAAGCCAUUUCCACAUCAUACUGUAGCUUCAAAUAUCACAUACAGAAAUUAAUAAUUGAUAUGUUUGAUAGAAAUAUUGUAAUACUGCAUAAAACCAAAGUUUAGCAAAAAGAAACUGAAAAAUCAAAACAAACACUGACUAAAUUGCAAAGGUGGAAGAUUUCAUGCUUUGAUAUUAAGGUUACAAAGGGCCGGGGUGGCUGCAGGUUUCCACUCCAAACAAGCUGAAGAAAAACUGAUUCUACUUGUUUAAUCAGUUGGUUUUAGCCUUCAAACAUUUCAUCAGGUGACCUCCUGCUUUGUUGGAGUGAAAACUUUAAGCCACACCAGCCCUCUGUGGAUAGGAUUGGACACCCCACUGAUGUAAACAGUUAAACUCAUUAUUUAAGGUGUGAUUUAGAACUGGAUGGCCAAACUUUACAACAUCAUGACUUAAAUACUAUUUGGAGAACAGUUCUCAAGGUUUGCAUGGUUGUAUGGACUUUUUAUGUUGGUGUAGAACAGCCCAACUUAAGUGACAGACUGGUCAUGUCUAGUGCAGAUUCUUUCUUAGAUGGAGUCGUUGUUGCUUACUCUCUUUUAUUUAUGCUCACUUGCUUACAUGAUGCAGCGAAAGUGUUGGCCUGGUAGUCUUAUCACAUUAUAAAUUGAUGCUGACUGAUCAAACAAUGGAUUAUCCUGAGCUUGUGUGGGGGAUGACAUCCUAACCAACAACAGUCUGGGCCAACCUGAAGAGUGAGCUGGUGACAGAGGGCCGGGAUGGCAUGCUGCUGUCUCGUCUCUACGACAACCCUCUACAAACAAAAACUAUUCAGAAGACAGAGGCCCACAGCACAGAGAACACGUGGAAGAACCCUCCUCUCCGGUCCCUCAAGUCCUGGGUAAAAAGCUGAGACUGUUAAAUGCCUACAAGAGCCAAGAAGUCCAAGGCCCAAAGUGCCAGACCUAGGAAGAAAAGUGAGAAGAAGCGGUCAACUAAGAAAAGGUCAGCAAGUGCCAAACCCACACAGCCAGAGGUGGACAUUCUCAGUCCAGCUGCCAUGGAGAACGCCUACUACAUUUCCCAUAAUGCUGUGGACUGCCUGGAGUUCAGGGGCUUUGGGUGGCCUGAGGCCACUAAGAAAAAAGGAAAGAAAUCGAAAAAACAAAAAAGUAAAAAAUAAAGAAAGACAGAAUUGUGAGAAGCUACGUAUUGUCAUGCUUUUUCAGGGAUAGAUACUGAAUGGAUAACAUUGUCUUGUAUAUUUGUGAUGAUUAAAUAUAUUUUUGCUAACAGACUUUUCUUUCAAGCAUGCAUGUUUGCUACAAAUACGCAUGAGACACCCUUUAGUGAUUUUUCUGUGCUAAAAAAUGGUCAUCACCCAGACCAUUGACCUAGAACUGGGUAAAAAUCCGAAGGAAAAAGACCUUUUAAAGAUGGAUUGUCAGUUAAUGUGCUGCAGUUAAUUUAUUUGUAUAUUAAAAGUAUUGGUUUGAUGAGCAAUUGUAUGAAGGCAUUCAAAAGCUCUCAGAAGUAGAGCAUAAAGAGCAAGGUAACUGAAAACCUGUGUCAGCAAUGGGUGCACUAGAGUGGCUAAAUUAACUGUUUAUAGGGGGUGCCUGGAUACUUCUGGACAUACAGUGCUGGAGCUUCUGAAGUACACUAAUGAAGUAAAAAGGCUUUCUAUUAGUCAAAGCCUUACAGUCUACAUGCCCCAAGCACUUUAUACAAACACCUUGACACCAGGGUCAUUCUACAGAA